AAAUUUUCAGCAAAUUCCAAGACGAAAAUGGCAAUUUCAAGGAAUCUCUUGCUAGUGAUGUCUUAGGAUUAUUGAACUUGUAUGAAGCUUCACAUGUAAGGACUCAUGCUGACGAUAUCUUAGAAGACGCACUUGCUUUCUCCACUAUCCAUCUUGAAUCUGCAGCUCCACAUUUGAAUUCUCCACUUAGGGAGCAAGUGACACGUGCCCUUGAGCAAUGUUUGCACAAGGGCGUUCCUAGAGUUGAGACUCGAUUCUUCAUCUCAUCAAUCUACGAGAAGGAGGAAUCAAAGAAUGACAUGUUACUUCGAUUUUCCAAAUUGGAUUUCAACUUGCUCCAAAUGUUGCACAAACAAGAACUUGCUGAAGUAUCAAGGUGGUGGAAAGAUUUGGAUUUCGUAACAACACUUCCAUAUGCUAGAGAUCGAGUAGUUGAAUGCUACUUUUGGGCAUUAGGAGUUUAUUUUGAGCCUCAAUACUCUCAAGCUCGCGUCAUGCUCGUUAAGACCAUAUCAAUGAUUUCGAUUGUCGACGACACUUUUGAUGCUUAUGGUACAGUUAAAGAACUUGAGACAUACACAGAUGCCAUACGAAGAUGGGAUAUCAACGAAAUUGAUCGGCUUCCUGAUUACAUGAAAAUCAGUUACAAAGCUAUUCUAGAUCUUUACAAAGAUUAUGAAAAGGAAUUGUCUAGUGCUGGAAAAUCUCAUAUUGUCAGCCACGCAAUAGAAAGAAUGAAAGAAGUAGUAAGAAAUUAUAAUGUCGAGUCAACAUGGUUUAUUGAAGGAUAUAUGCCACCUGUUUCUGAAUACCUAAGCAAUGCACUAGCAACUACUACAUAUUACUACCUUGCGACAACAUCAUAUUUGGGUAUGAAGUCUGCUACGGAGCAGGAUUUUGAGUGGUUGUCAAAGAACCCUAAAAUUCUUGAAGCUAGUGUGAUUAUAUGCCGAGUUAUUGAUGACACAGCAACAUACGAGGUUGAGAAAAGUAGGGGACAAAUUGCAACAGGAAUUGAGUGCUGCAUGAGAGAUUAUGGCAUAUCAACAAAAGAGGCAAUGGCUAAAUUUCAAGGAAUGGCUGAAGCAGCAUGGAAGGAUCUUAAUGAAGGAUUUCUUAGGCCCACCCCUGUAUCUACGGAGAUUUUAUGUCGUAUUCUAAAUCUUGCUCGUAUUGUUGAGGUUACAUAUAUACACAAUUUAGAUGGAUACACUCAUCCGGAAAAGGUCUUAAAACCUCACAUUAAUGCCCUACUUGUGGACUCCAUCGAAAUUUGAGCUGCCAUUUGUUGCUCACCUUAAGGUUCAUUCUUCUAUGUUGAGAAAGUAGUUACAUAUUUGUUUCAUUUUAACUCAAUUGUAUAUUAAGCUGUUAGGGAGUUACGGUUGGCAGUACACUUCCUAAUUAGGACCUCCUUAAGAUCCUUGUACGAAAUAAUCUACAAGUAUUAUGAAUCCA